AAUUCCCAGCUUGUGGAAGCUAGCGCUGUCAAGAACAAGGAUGUUUUGUGGGAAGCCUGGGGAUUGAGGGGCCGCUGCGGUGGAUCAUCACUGGAUGCUUGCUCUUGCGUCGCGGCAUUGCUGGGCAGCACAUGGGUGGCACCCUCUUAGAGGGUUUUCGGCAUUGGAUCAAUCGGCGCUUGGCUCAAGUUGACAAUUCUCCUCCUCCAGCAGAGGCCUCGUCUGGGCCAAACAAUUCCGGAUCUCAGCGCCACCUGCGCUUGCAGCAAUCCCUUACAGGGCAUCACGCUAUGCAGCAGGGAGCUGAUUCGCGUCGCAAGACUAUGGCUGAGACUGAGUUCUUCACUGAGUAUGGUGAAGCAAGUCGUUACAAAAUCCUAGAGGUUAUAGGCAAGGGCAGCUAUGGUGUCGUCUGCUCGGCUACUGAUAUGCAUACUGGAGAUAAGGUUGCCAUCAAGAAGAUCAACGACAUAUUUGAGCACGUUUCAGAUGCUACUCGCAUUUUACGUGAAAUCAAGCUUCUCAGGCUGCUGAGGCACCCGGAUAUCGUGGAGAUCAAGCACAUCAUGCUGCCACCCUCCCGACGGGAGUUCAAGGACAUUUACGUUGUCUUUGAGCUGAUGGAGUCGGAUCUGCAUCAAGUGAUCAAAGCAAAUGACGAUCUGACACCGGAACACUACCAGUUUUUUCUUUAUCAGCUGCUACGAGCUCUGAAGUAUAUUCACACAGCGAAUGUGUUCCAUCGAGAUUUGAAGCCAAAAAACAUUCUUGCGAAUGCCGACUGCAAGCUAAAAAUCUGUGAUUUUGGACUUGCUCGAGUUGCUUUUAACGAUGCUCCGACGGCCAUCUUUUGGACAGAUUAUGUUGCGACUAGGUGGUACCGAGCCCCCGAACUAUGUGGCUCCUUCUUUUCCAAGUACACGCCAGCAAUUGAUAUCUGGAGUAUUGGCUGUAUAUUCGCUGAAAUCUUGACAGGAAAGCCGCUUUUUCCUGGAAAGAACGUAGUACACCAAUUAGACCUCAUGACAGAUAUGCUCGGAACGCCGUCGGCUGAAUCUGUUGCCAGGGUUCGAAAUGAGAAGGCUAGAAGAUAUCUUAGUGGGAUGCGAAAAAAGACGGCGAUUCCAUUUACUCAGAAGUUUCCGAAUGCUGAUCCCUUGGCGCUGAGGCUUCUUGAGAGAUUGUUAGCUUUUGAUCCUAAGGAUCGACCGACGGCUGAGGAGGCUUUAGCAGAUCCAUACUUCAGGGGACUGGCGAAAGUAGAGCGCGAGCCCUCUGCACAACCUAUAACAAAAAUGGAGUUUGAAUUUGAGCGCCGAAGAAUCAGUAAGGACGAUGUGAGGGAAUUAAUUUAUCGUGAGAUACUUGAGUAUCAUCCUCAAAUGCUAGAGGAGUAUCUCAACGGAACUGAUCAUGCUAACUUCAUGUAUCCAAGUGCUGUCGACCAGUUCAAACGGCAGUUCGCUCAGCUUGAGGAGCACUACGGUAAAGGUGGUCACAAUAAUGCUGCUGUGGAGCGCCACCAUGCAUCGCUUCCCAGGCCGGCGACGGUGUACUCCAGCACUGCUGCUGCUGCAAGUGACUGUUCUAGCAAGGAACGAGAAUACCACGACUCGGGGAAGUUCUCGGAGAAGCCUCAGCAGGAGAAGUCGACUAGAGCGCCACAGAAAGGUGGUUACCAAGGUGGUUUGGCAGCAAAGCCAGGCAAAGUGGUGAACUCCGGAGUGUCGGUCGUGACCCGAGACACGGUUGAUGCGAGAAGGUUAGUGAAAAGCGCGAGCAUCAGCAGCUCUCUCCAGCAAUACACAGCCUCUGUUUAUUCUUAUGGGAGGAGAACGUUUGCUAAGUCCGACCGAGAUGAUAAGAAGGAUAACACUGGCGAGUUUGUGGCAGUCCAACCCAAGGCGGCGGCGGCGGCGGCAGCAGCAGCAGCGACGGAGGCCAAGAGCAUCAGCGGCAUGACAGCAACUCGCAAGGUAGCAGCAGCAGUGCAAAAUGGUCGAACUUAUUGACGAGAAUACGAUUGAGGAAGACAACGACGAAGACGAUGAACAAGGAUGGAAGAAGACGAUGAGAUCAUCCCUGUUGUGUAACUGAUGGUGAAGAUAUCGAGUGUUUGCGCGAGAUGAUCGAUCGACCGGGGAGGAGGCAGAAAGAGACGAAGAACAAGAGAGACGAAGAGAGAGACGAAGAACAAGAGAAAUUCUUUCUAUUAUUUUUUUCUUUUUCUUCCGUUGUGUCCGUACGGUAUUGGAAUAUUUCCGUUA